AUGCCGACAGGUGAUCUUCCGGGGACUGCUGAAACUCUGCAUGUGUCAAAUGAGGUCAUCAACUUGACCGUGUCUUUGUACGUGGCUGGGUUUGGGAUAGGCCCUCUACUAUGCGCUCCAAUGUCCGAGGUAUACGGCCGCCGUCCAGUCUACAUCGUCUCCAUGUUCAUCUUCUUCAUCUUCACCCUCCCUUGCGCACUCGCCCCCAACAUCGCCACCAUCCUCGCCGGUCGCAUGAUUGCCGGCUUGGCAGCGAGCGCACCGUUCUGUAAUGUCGGCGGUACUGUGGCGGAUCUUUGGGCGACGCAUGAGAGAGGGAUACCUAUGGCCGCUUAUAGCUCUACGCUUUUCCUCGGACCAUGCCUCGGCCCUCUCUUCGGAGGCUGGAUCGGCCAGAAAACCGGACAUUGGCGUUCGAUUUACUGGGUCCUCUUCUGCUUCUGCUUCGCCGCCUUCAUCCUCGCCUUCUUCACCCCCGAAACCCUCGAAAUCGUGCUCCUCCGCAAAAAAGCCCACCGCCUCAACAAACAACACAAGACCGACAUGUACAUUGCCAAAGCCGAUUUGGACAGGGUACCGUUCAGGGAGACAAUGAAGAUUGCGCUUUUGAGGCCUUUCAUAUUGAUGUCGGAGAGUAUCAUUGUGCUGUUCUCGUUUUACUUGAGCUUUAUAUACGCGUUGUUGUACGCGACUUUCUUUGCGUUCCCGAUUGCAUUCGAAGAGAAGAGGGGGUGGAGUGCGGGUAUGACUGGAGUCGCCUUCCUAUCCAUAUGUAUCGGUAUUUUCCUCGCAAACCUCGUCAACUGGUGGCAAGAAACCCUAUACGCGAGACAUGCCGUCAAGCAUGGACCAGUCCCCGAAGGUCGCUUGUACCCUAUGAUGAUAGGCGCCAUAACUCUGCCUAUAGCACUGCUCAUCCUCGCUUUCACCUCAUAUCCUGGUAUAACUUGGGUCGGACCUGCGGCAGCAGGAGUCGUCUUUGGGUUUUCGAUGGUCACCAUCUAUGUGGCUGGUAACAGCUAUAUCGUCGACUCGUACUCUCACGUAGCGGCAUCAGCAAUAUCGUCCAAGAAUUUGAUGAGAUGUCUCAUAGCAGCGUCUGUCCCUCUCUGGAUCAACCAGCUCCUUCACAAUCUGAAAUUCCAAUUUGGAUGCCUCCUCCUUGCGGGUAUCGCAGUCGUCAUUGCGGCCAUGCCGUUCUACUUCUUCUUCCGCGGUGACCGAGUACGGGCAAGAUCGAAGAGAGCGUUGAAGGUGGAGAAGAAGGACGUCAAAGUGGAAGGGGAAGGGGCAGUAUGA